AUGAACGCCAGCUUUUACCAAAGUCUCCCAACUCUCUAUUUCGAGUUACUAGCCGACAACCUGGCGCAGCUCGCAACGAUCGACUACUUUCAUUACCUACGUGCAUUCAAAAAGGAGAUCAUAACCUUCCUCGCUCUCGUUGGCACUGCAAGAUUUGUCACAUGGGUUCUCUGUGCAUCCUUCUCUUUCUACACAUACUGCCUUCACCGCAGUGAACUCCACCGCUAUAACCACGUAUCUCCCGAUGGGUCGGCCGCAUGGGCUCUAGUAACUGGAGCUUCUGGUGGAAUUGGAUAUGAGAUUGUGCGCGAGUUCGCAAGGAAAGGAUUCAACGUUGUGCUCCAUGGCCGGGUGGAACAGGAUCUGCUAGCUGCCAUGAUGCGGAUGCAUGAGGAGUUCCCCGACCGGAAUUUCAAAAUUCUCGUCGCAGAUCCGACAGUCCUUGGGACUAAAGAGUUCUGGUAUAGGAAGAGCUACGGGGAUUGGAAGCUAGAACGUAAACUUGACCUUGAGGCUAUAAAGAACGAGCUGUCCAAGCUUAACUUGACAGUCUUGGUUAACUGUGCGAAUGCAGAGGCCAAGCAUACAGACCUUGGACGGAUCCUCGAUGAGAAUGAAAAGUCUAUCUGGAAACACAUCAACUCGGACGCUCUCUAUCCCAUACAGCUCUUUCGGGCUCUUCUUCCUACCCUCAUUGGCAACGCCCCGUCUCUCAUCAUAAACGUCACCUCUCUAAGCGACAAAGGCAUCCCACUCAAGAUCUCAGCCUCAGCAAGCCGUUCAUUCCUUUCUAGAAUGACAGAGUCCUCGGCUCUGGAAAUGAAACUCGAUGGCUACGAUGUUGAGGCCUUGUGUGUACGGGUGUCGAGAUGCAUGGGUCAAACGGACAGCACUCUUGCUAGAGCAAUCAUUGCGAGAGUCGGUAGUCGCCGGAGUGUUGUUGUCGGUCACUGGUAUCAGUUCCUUUACAAAGGGCUGAUUGAUUUGCUUCCUGGAAGGCUGUGGGACUGGUGUAUCAUACACUACAUUCGUGGGAUGACUGACAUCAAGUGCAAGGGAAGUUGA